AUGGCAGUAUGUUCCUCACUCUCACUUCUCCCUCCCAUCCCUUCUCAACCCAAAACUUUCUCAUCUUCUCAAACACCACACAACAAGUGCCAUGGCAUCUUCACCAACACUAAAACCCCAACAAGGUUCUUCUUGAAUGCUGGCUUCAAUGAGAUAGAGCCUGACCUCAAUGAAGAUCCUAGAGACGCGGAUGCCACCAAUGGCAUUGAUGCUGAUGAUUUUGAGUAUGGAAUUUAUGAUGGCCACCACACUUACUUUGAAGGAGAACAAGAAAAAGGAACAUUUUGGGGUUCAGUUAUGGAAGAGAUAGCAGCAGCAGAACCCCCCACAGGAUUCCAGGGGCUUAUGUCAUGGCUCUUCCCACCAGCCAUUGCUCUUGGGGUGUACUUCGAUGUUCCGGGGGAGUACUUAUUCAUUGCUACAGGCAUAUUUAUUGUCGUAUUUUGCAUUAUUGAGAUGGAUAAACCUGAUAAACCCCACCAUUUUGAACCUCAUAUAUACAAUAUGGAAAGAGGAGCUCGAGACAAGUUGAUAAAUGACUAUAACACAAUGAACAUAUGGGAAUUCAAUGAAAAAUAUGAUGACCUGUGGGAUACUACUAUCCAGAAGGAUGACAUAACCAAGAGAUAA